CCUUAAUUAUUAUUUUGUCCACAGUAAGGUUAUCAAACCCAUAUUCGGCUGGUUCAACCGAGUCCAACUGAAACCGACCUUCUAAAAGGUUGGAGUUCACUAAGGUUGGACGGUUCUCAUCACUUAAAAUAGCGUUAUCCAGUUUAAACCGGAUGGCAUGACCACUCAAAAUUGGGUUUGAAACUUAGGAUUGAUAAUUUUGUAAUAUAUAUUUGUUUUGAAAAAAUAAUUUCAAUUAUAAGUGUUUUGAAACAUUACUGAUAUUGUUUCAAAAUAUGUCAAAUAUAUGUAUAAUCUAUUUGGUAUUAGAGGUUUACUCAUAUAUUAUGUUAAAAUCAAUUUGAACUGGUUGAAUCUGAUUCGACCAUUAAACCUCAACCCACUUGUCAAACUAGUUUGAUGGUUUAAUUCGGUUUGACAACCUUGUUUACCAGCCCGAAUUCGUUCAUUUGGUAUGAGUUAUUUGGAAUUAUUGCAAAAAUAAUUCCAAAUCAUUGUUGGAGGGGGGAAUGAAAAGGCAACAACUGAGGAUUAGUUUUUUCCCCUACUUACCUCACUUGUUAUUCAUCCGGUGUCGAUUUAUCUGGCUAGUUGUUAUCUUCCACCGUCGACACUCUCCAUUACAUGUCGCCUUCCAAGCAUACUGUCUUGCUUGUAGUCACACAGUUCGUAUCAUCUUCUCAAGGCGGACCAAGGAAUUUCUUUUAGGAGUAUCCUCUUCCAAAAAUAAAAAAUUUAAUUUUAUAUUUUAUUGAAUGAGAAAAAUGUUCAACUAAUACAGGUUAUAACAAACUAGACGUGUUUUCAUAUUAAUAUAUAUAUAUAUAUAUAUUAAAAAAAUGCACUCGAUGUCUAUAAUGUCUAACAAAUAUCUUUCAAUAUAUCUUACUAGACAGUGAUUCAUGGACUGAUAGCUUGUGUGCUUAAAAACUUGUUUUUAUGUGACACAAAGCUAACCCAUCCUUGUGGGUGAGUUCCUUAGACAACAACCUAAGCCAUCCUUGUCUUAUCCCUCUCAAUUGCGGAUUGUGCCUCGUCUCUAUCUUUAAUAGCUAAACAUCUUUGUUAGGUUGGUGACUUGGUUGGUUUAUUUACAAAAUUAUAAAUGUCCUUGCAGUGACUUUAAGCACAAUUAUCAAUUUAUCAUGAGUGUAUGUAAAUAUUUGCACAAAUUAAACCUAAUUUGCUAUGAGGACGAUCCGUUAAAAAAUGCAAAUUAGUAAUACGAUAUAUAUUUUGCACUCAACACACUUUCCCUCUGUUUCUUAAGAGGUUAAUGUCUCUUCUGUGUCCAUUGGCGUAGCCAGAGAUAUAAUUUAGUGGGGUCCAAACAUAACCAAAUACGAAGUUUGUCUCGAUAGUCAAAUCAUUGUCUCGGAAAGAGUGGGUCUGUGGUUCUAAAUUUAUUAACCCCACCUUAAAAAUCCACCAUUUUUAAUGUAUAUUCAUUUUCCAAGUGGGGUCCACGGACCCCACAACCCCUCACCUAGCUCCGCCAGUGUCUGUGUCAGCCAUCCUUACUCAUGGCGGUUGUUGCUGUCCUGUGGAGAAUCUGGCGCUCUCGUAACUGGGUUGUCUUUGAAGGCAAGCAGUUUGGGAUCCCUGCUCUGAUGCGUCAGUACAACCAGCAGUAUGAGGAAUGGAUUGGAUUGCCUGUCGAUCGGUGCUCGCCCUCAUUAGUUCUGUCCCCACCUCAACCGGCCCAGGAGGAGGCGACGGGGCUGGUUUGUAUGUGGGACGGGGCUACGAGGAAGGGGUCCCACUCUGCUGGCGGGAUAGUUAUUAUGACCCCAGCUAGAGGGGUCCUGAUGGCUGCUGGGUUUCAGUUUCCGGGUAUUGAUGAUCCCUUGGUAGUGGAGGUGUUGGUGCUUCGCGAAGCGGUCAUGUAGUGCCUGAGUCGAGGGAUGUUGGAAGUGUGUUUUGAGGGUGAUGCCAAGGUCAUUAUUGACAAAAUCAACCAAGCGGAUGCUAGUGAUAGUCGGAUUGGUGCUAUUCUUGCUGAAAUUAUUCAUCACUUGGCGCUUCGCUCAGGGUUGAGUGUGCGAUUUGUAGGUCGGCGUAGUAAUAGGGUAGCCCACUUGGUGGCUCGUAAGGCCCUCUCUUUGUACCCGACUGCAAGUCGUCUUUUUGAUUUCUAGGCCUGACUGCUCUCCAGGAUGUAAUUAUCUUUCUUUCGAUCAAUGAAGAUUAUCUUUUGUA